GGUGUCCCGGACCCGGAAGUGGAGUUGCCGAGUCACCGCAGUGGCUGAGCUGCUGACAGGAGGCGGCGGCGGAGGAGGAGGCGAGGCAAGACCUGCGUCUCCGCCGGGCCACAGCCGCGGUAGCGCUGGGCAAGCCCAAGGAGCCACGCCGGCCUCAGCCGCCAGCACACCUCCCGCCCCGCGCCCACCCCGCCGUCUGCUCGGCCGCCUGCCCGCCCGACGCGUCCGGGGCGGCCUAGUCUGCACCACCCACCGGCUCCUGGGGCCGCCGCCCCGCGCGGUCCCGUCGGCGUCCCUGGCCGCGCCCGCCCCGGGCCCGCUCGCCCGCCCGCCGGCACCAUGAUGGAGGAGAUCGACCGGUUCCAGGUGCCCACCGCGCACUCGGAGAUGCAGCCGCUGAACCUGAGGGAGAGCUGGAAGGAGGCGGGAUGGGCCAGGAACCUGAAGGUGUGGAUGGCCUGUUCUCUGAGCUCUGCUGGAGCUGAGCAGAACUCUCCAAGUCCUGAAGAGCUGGGGCUCCCUAAACCUCCUCUCUCUAUGUUAGGUGGGGAGGACCCAGCCGCCGCCUCCAUCUCAGACGGAGACUGUGGCGCCCGGGAGGGUGAGUCAGUUGCCAUGAAUUACAAACCAUCCCCGCUCCAAGUGAAGCUGGAGAAGCAGCGGGAGCUGGCCCGGAAGGGAUCCCUGAAGAAUGGCAGCAUGGGUAGCCCCGUCAACCAGCAACCCAAGAAGAACAAUGUCAUGGCCCGGACAAGGCUGGUCGUCCCCAAUAAAGGCUACUCCUCGCUUGACCAGAGCCCAGACGAGAAGCCACUGGUAGCCCUUGACACGGACAGCGAUGAUGACUUUGACAUGUCCAGAUAUUCCUCCUCUGGCUACUCCUCUGCUGAGCAGAUCAAUCAAGAUUUGAACAUCCAGCUGCUGAAGGACGGCUACCGGUUAGAUGAGAUCCCCGACGACGAGGACCUGGACCUCAUCCCCCCCAAGUCCGUGAACCCCACCUGCAUGUGCUGCCAGGCCACGUCCUCCACCGCCUGCCACAUUCAGUAGCGGGCGGGCCGCUGCGGCCUCCCGGGGCGGGGCCACCGCGGGCCAGGUUGGACAGGGCAGGGGCCACCCCACCCCAGCUCGUCCGCCUGCCCCCGGCCCCCGCGCCCCCUACAGCCGCCAACCUCGUAACAGUCAUUGCUUCCUCCUAUGGUAGGACGUGUACCUCUGUGUGUUCAUGGAGCCGGAGAAACCAAAACCGGGUCUCUCUCCACCUCGGGGGCUGAGGAGGGGUGGGGGCUGUUUGUUCAGUCGCUUGGGGGACCUCACCCAGCACCCUGCCCCCCUCCCCAAAGCUGCAGUCCGGUGCGGGAGACGGGGAGUUGGACGGCAGGGAAGCCAACAGUAAUGAAUGGGGGAGGGAUAAGAAAGCAGGGACUCGGCCCCGCCCCAGCGAAGCCAUGAAACCCCCAGCCCCAGCCUGACGAGGAAAGGGGCUCGGAGGGAGAAAGGCCCAGGGCAGUCAGGGGGCAGGGCCCAGCACCUCAAAGCCCCCUCCACGCGCGCCCUGCUGGCCCAUGCACCUAUUUGCGUGUCUCCCCUCAUCGCCAGAUGGGAAGCCUGGCAAAGCUGCCCAGCAGGACAUCGCCCCCACCCAUCGGAUCACUGCCUUCUUCCUCCUUUUUGCCCCAUUCACCCCGUUCCUUGCUCUCUGGGUUGCGAGGGAGGGUAAGGUGGGCUUUAGAGCCAGGCCAGAGUUUGGGGUGCUAUGAUCUGUCUUCACCUGUCCCUAACCAACACGUCCAUCUCUCUGCCAACCUCCGCCCCCUCACACGCUGUGUUCAUUCGUCUCUGUCCCAGGCCGGAAGCAGGAGGUAAGGCUGGCCUCGAAUGCCCCAUUCCCAUCUCACUCCAGCCCAAGAUCCCGGAUGCUGCUUCCCAGAAAGAACCUCCCAGGAAGCAAGCUUAGGAGAAUACGGUGGCUGCAUGUGUGGUAGGGAGAGGUUGGCAGAAGGUGUGUGUGCCUGAGGCUGUCAGGGUGUGUCUCUGUCUCUCCAGAUGUCUGUUUCUGUCACGGGUGUGAGUGUCCCUGGUGGGGAAGUGACUGUGUGGUCUGUUAACAGUGUGAGAGGCUGCUCAGCAGUGCAGUGGACAAGAGCCCUGGACUUCGAGUCAGAAGCCUGGGUUCCGGUCCUAGCUCUGGCGUCUCCCUGGGAUCGUCAACAAGCCACUUGUGUUCUCCAGGCUUCGGUUUCCUCCACUGUAAAAUGAGCAGUGUCUGAAAUUAUUUUUAAGGUCCUUUCAAACCUGAAGGAAUUUCUUCACAGGAAUUUCUGUGGAGAUGUGCAGGAGGUCUCUGUGUGUCUUUGAGUACUAGGGGCUCCCUAAGUCGUAUGUCUGUGUGGAAAGGAGAGGGGAAGUUCCUACGGGACCUGUGUGUGUCUGAGCUCGUGUAGAUAUAUUUGGGAAUACGUGUGUCUGUGAAUGUGUGUGUAUAGGGGUAUCUAUUGUGUGUGUAGCAGUAUGGGGUGUCUGUGAGUCAGAAUGUGUGUACUGUUGCUUCUGCUGCUGUUGCUGGUUGGGGGAAGGGGUGCCAGAAAAGCCGAAGAUGAAAAUCAAGAGGGAAGAAGUGACCAAGGCGCUCCCCUGGGACUGGGAAAUAUAGACCUGCCCCCAUGUGAAGAAAAACAAAAGCACAGAUAGCCUAAGACUGCUCAGGUCUCUGCCCCACAAGCCACAUAUCCCAGGGCCAGGGUGUACACUCCCCAUUCCCCCAUGCUUACACCACACAUGCUGGUGUAUCCACACUCAUCUGUGCCACUCACACCCUGCAGGCAUGCAAAGGACACACCCACAGUCCAGUCCCUGCUGGCUGUUCCUGGGGGUGGGAGCUAGAAAGGGGAGAGGGCAGUGAGAAGACAGAGUAAGGCUGCUGGCUGAGGGAGGGUAGCACCCCUCCCUGCACCACACCCUGGGGCUGCCAGCUCCAAAGUGCUGAGGUGCCGCUCUGCUCCCUCAGCCCCUCCAACCCAUCCCUACCUCCUCAAGUGCAGGAAACCUGCCUUGACGAUGAGAAAAUGCCAACAGGAGGCAAGGACAGACAAGGCACCUGCAGGGCCCACAAGGCCCAUGCUGGCCCCCAUCUGAGCCCAUCUCUCCCACCCUGGUCAGCAUCCCCACCGCUUGUUGUCUGGGCCCCAGAGCCAAGCCUCCUCCUACCACCACUACCACUCUGGGCCCCUUGACUCACCCUUCUAGAACAUGGGUACCUCUUCUUUUCUGGGCAGGGCCUCCACCAGGGCUCAUUUAGACUGCUGCCUUUGCUACUGACUUGCUGUGUGACUCUGGCCUACUGCUCAACCUCUCUGGCCCUGAGGAACCAGGGAAAAGCUCCCUCCCUACAGGAUAUUCCUAGUUCCCUGGCAGGCAACGGCUUCUUCUGACUGAGGCAGCGUAGGCAGUGUAGGAGCGGUGGAGAGAGAGAGGGAGCUGGCGGCCAGCAACUUCGGAGUCUAGGGAGAGUGCGUGGUUCCCUCCUUCCCUGUCUGGGAGGUUGGAGGGGAGGAAUCAAGGCCUUAGCUUGCCCCCUGCCACACUUCCCCCUUGUAGAUACUGCCUUAACACUCCCUCUACCCUCAGCUCUGGCUGUCACCCAGCCAGGUUUCUCCGCGCUCACUAAUUUAUUUCCAGGAAGGUGUGUGGAAGACAUGAGCCGUGUAUAAUAUUUUUUUUUUUAACAUUUCCAUCGCAGUAUUGACCAUCAUCCUUGGUUGUGUAUCGUGUAACACAAAUAAUGAUAUUAAAAGCAUCAAACAA